AUGCUGCCUCUCCUCGCCCUGCUCCUCCUGAUCGGGCCAUCAGUGUGCACUACAGCAGGAGACAGAGAGGAACUGGCUUUUGGUGCAGAAGCAAAGUCCUGGGUGACCGUGAACCUGAAGGGAAUCCCUGUCCCCAGCAUUGAACUUCAGCUUCAAGAGUUGAAGAGAAGCAGGACUCGCCAGUUCUAUGGUCUGAUGGGGAAGCGGGUGGGAGGGUAUCAGCUGGGACGUAUAGUGCAGGACCUCCUUGGCACGAGAGGUUUGUCCAUAGAAGGGACCUGCAGACAGGAGACGAGUCAAAGUGCAGGACCCGCAGCGGUGGCCAGAGAAAGCCUCCAGAGUCAAGAGGAAGACAAAGCUUCCCUAACCGCCAGCAACGUGUAGCACUCUCCCCGGGCACAGAAGAGGAUGGCCAGAGUUCAGAAAGAGCCCAAGGGCUGCCUUCCAAGUGAUGCCACGCCCAUCUCUCCCCAGAACAUCACAGCUCAUGAGCCUCA